AUGGCGCUGCCGGCUGAACACCUGCUGAAGCCGCUGCCCGCGGACAAUCAGAUCAAGACUAGGCAUUUCCUCGAGGCGGUGUCACACCUGCCGCCCUUCUUCAAUUACCUUGGGUCCCCAGUGUUUACUCCCAUCAAGGCAGACAUAAGCGGCAACAUCACGAAAAUCAAAGCCGUGUACGACACCAACCCAGUCAAGUUCUGGACGCUGCAGAACAUCCUGGAGGUGGAGAAAGAAAUGUAUGGAGCAGAGUGGCCCAAAGUAGAGGCCACACUGGCGCUGAUGUGGCUGAAAAGAGGCCUCCACUUCAUCCAGGUCUUCCUCCACAGCACCUGUGACGGGGAGCGGGACGAGAACCACCCCAACCUCAUCCGCGUCAACACCACCAAGGCCUACGAGAUGGCCCUCAAGAAGUACCAUGGCUGGAUCAUGCAGAUCUUCCAGGCAGCACUGUACGCAGCCCCCUAUAAGUCCGACAUCCUGAAAGCGCUCUCCAAGGGGCAGAAUGUGACAGAGGAGGAGUGCCUGGAGAAGAUCCGCCUCUUCCUAGUCAACUACACGGCCACCAUCGAUGUCAUCUAUGAGAUGUAUACCCAGAUGAUGGCCGAGCUUAACUACAAGGUGCAGGUGUUCUCACCGCUGGACACGCCCCUGACUCGUGGCCACACGAAGAAACAGGCAAACCAGAAUCACUGUGAAUCAACUGAAACCAACCAGCAAGCCCUUGAUGACCAAGAGGCAUUUCUUUCAAAGCUAACCACAGCAGAAACCCCUACAAAUCGGCUUGGCGUUCAUCUUGGAAGUCAUGCCCUGCAGCAACUGCCGAUCGCCGAAGUGACGGAUAUUAACCACAUUCAGCGCAACGAAAUCAGACAUGCAGAGCACACACGGCUUUCGCGAGGGAGGGAAACGCGACCCGGGAAAAGUGCGCUCCUCACCAGCCUCGGGACGCUCCACCGGGGUGGGGGUUCCCAGAAAGGAGGGGGAGAGGAGCCCGAGUAG